AUGGCAGCCAGGACGUCUGUGGAAAACCUCCAGAAUGGAGUCUCCUGCUCCAUCUGCCUGGAUAUUUUCCAGGACCCCGUGUCCAUCCAUUGCGGGCACAGCUUUUGCCGGGCGUGCAUCGUUCAGAGCUGGGAAGGACUGACCACCAACUUCUCCUGCCCCCACUGCAGGGAGACGGCGACCCAGCGGAUCCUCCGACCCAACUGGGGGUUGGCCAGCAUCCUUGAAAUUGCCAAGAGCUUGAACCAGCAACGGGGCAGAGAGGCGGAAGGAGUGGAGGACUUGUGCGAGAAGCACCAGGAAGCCCUGAAGCUCUUCUGCAAAAAUGAAGAAAAGCUUAUCUGCCUGGUGUGUGACAGGUCCAAGGUGCACCGCAACCAUUCUGUGGUUCCUGUGGACGAGGCUGCCGGAGAGUACAAGAUACUAAUUCAGAACAAACUGUAUCUCCUGAAUUUGGAGCAUAAGGCUCUUCAGUCUUCAGUGGAGGAUAGACAAAAGAAAGUCCAGGACUACAAGAAGAGGAAAGAAGCUGAAAAGCAGAAGAUUGUGAUGGGAUAUAAAAAUUUGCACAAGUUCCUGGAGAAGCAGGAGUCCUUUUUUCUGGCCCAGCUGGAGCAGCUGGACACAGAGAUAAUAAACGCGCAUCAAGAAAUCCUCAACAGGCUUUUGGAGAAGACGACAAGGCUGGGCAGGCUGACUGGGGAGUUGAAGAGGACAUACCUACAGCCACACUGUGAACUCCUGAAGAACAUCAAAACCACCUUGACCGGGUGCGAGAAGGAACCUGCCUUGCAGCCACUCGAUAUUUCCCCUGAGCUGGAAAAGAAAUUCUGUGAUUUCACAGAGAAAACCACAGUCAUCAAGACGACUAUGGAGAAAUUUCAAGACUUACUGGAUUUUGAACUUCCAUCCACAAGUAAGUGA